CUCUCCAGAAAGGCAAAAAAAAAAAAACCCUAGCUGUUUACCCACAAAUAUGGAUGAUGAUGGAUUGAACAUGCGAAAUUGGGGAUAUUAUGAACCUUCUUCAAUUAAAGGUCAUUUAGGUUUGCAGUUAAUGUCAGCUACGUCUGUGGGUGAGCGAAAUUCGAAACCUUUCUUAACAGGUCGUGAACAUACAGUUAUGGUAGCUAACAAUGGCGGGUUUCAUCCAAGAGAUUGUGUUGUUUCAGAAGCUCCUCCUGUACAUAUGGAUUAUGUAAGAGAUAGUUGGAUGAGUCAAAGAGAGAAAUUUCUUAACAUGCUACCAGGAAAUCACAAUCACAAUUUCUCAUUACUUCCUGAACCUUCCAUAACUCAUCCAAUGCAAAUGAUACAGCAUCAGCAGCAGCAGCAACAGCAACAACCUGAGACAUUGAAAGAUCCUAGGAUUGGUGUUGGUUUGGAAGAUGCAAACAUUGGAAAGGAAGUUGUUGGUAUUGGAAGGUCCAAGAAAAGAAACAGUAAUACAACUCCAAAAGCUCCAAAGCCUAAGAAGAGUAAGAAGGGAUCUUCAGUUCCAAAAGAGAAUGGUAGUUCUUCUGUUCAACGAGGGAAACCUGUGAAGAAGAGUAUGGAUUUGGUUAUUAAUGGAGUUAAUAUGGAUAUUUCUGCAAUACCCAUACCAGUUUGUUCUUGCACCGGUUCUGCGCAGCAGUGUUAUCGAUGGGGAUGUGGUGGUUGGCAAUCGGCUUGUUGUACUACAACAAUAUCUACUUAUCCUUUGCCAAUGAGUACUAAAAGAAGAGGGGCUAGGAUUGCUGGAAGGAAGAUGAGUCAAGGCGCGUUUAAGAAGGUUCUAGAGAAAAUGGCUUUGGAAGGUUACAGUUUUGGUAACCCGAUUGAUCUGAGGACACAUUGGGCGAAACAUGGUACCAACAAGUUUGUCACAAUUCGGUAGAAGGGAAUGGAUAUCCUCCAAAUCCAAUGAUGGUAAUGUUAUUGCAUCUGGUUUGAUUAUCAUUGUAUAUAUUUGUUUUGGUGACCUUUUGCAAAAGAUUUUAGGUAUUGGUCUUUGUUUGAAGCAUCAAUGAGGAUUCAUUAAUUUUUGUCUUGUGUCUCUUUCUUUUAAGAGUAGGAUUUAUAGUGAUGAUUUAGAAUUGUUGUUAUUCCUUGAAAUGGUUGUUGUUCUUGUCAUGGUUGUUGUUCUUGUAUUUGGAUAAUAUAUUAUCCUAUGUUUUUUAUUCAUUGUUAUACAUUUAAUUCAAACAAUUGUUUUUACAAUUUCGAAUUCAAGCUUUUUUCUUAUUGCAAUUUUAGCUUU